AAAGAAAAAAAGUUGUGAAUUGUUUAUGUGGGUGCAAAUCGUGUGUUUGUAAGAAAACUUUAUUACUUGAACACAUUAAGUGUUAAGCUGUGUACAGCACAGGUGCAGUGAUUCAUCUCGAAAUAUUGGAUUACCGUUUCAAUGCCGUGUUUAUGCAUACAAUGAAUCAACACUUAACAGCACCGCCAUAAGAACAGUCUUACGGGCCGUCAACAGUAGUGCAGCGAUGUCCUGUUGCGUGUGUGUUUAUUGGGAAGAAAAAUAGCCGCUUCUAGCUAAUUGAUAACCGGACGCCCCAAAAAUGGAUAUCUUUCAAAACCAAUGUAGCGAAAGCUUGGGCUUUGAUUCCAUGCUUUCAGCAAAUCAUCUCAACUCUCCGCUGCACGAUUCACCCGGUUCACCCAAUCCGCUCAACUUUGCACCCUCCUCGCCCUACUUUGCGUCCAUCUCGCAACAGCUGGCCGGUGGCCACACCAGCGGACCAAAUGAUGUCAUUCUGCCGAGCAUUUUCGUAAAGAUUCCCACCCAAAUCAAUCAGCAGUACCAGCAGGAGACACGCUUACGUUCCCACCAUAGUACAUCGAAUGAAAUCAAAAGUGAAGAACGUUCGGAACCGAUCAAGAGCGAAAUAGCAGACACACGGGUAAAGCUUGCCAGCAUAAACAGCUCCGAACGGUUGCCGGAUGUGAUCGAUAGCUAUCUGAACGACACGCUCGACGUAGGGCCGCAACCGGAAACACCGAUACUGCUGUGCGAGUAUUGUCCCUUUGCGACCCUUUCGGAGACGCGUCUAAACGACCACAGGCGGGAGAGACAUCCGGCGCGUGAAAUGACAGCAGCGGAAAAGCUUCCCUGUCCCGUGUGCGACAACGCAUUCUACAAGAAACCUGCCCUAAAGCUGCACCUUUCCGAAGAUCACGAAAUGUUACCGAGCGAAGUGGAAGAGCUGUGCAAUCGUGCAGCAGCACAUCCACCACCACAACAGUCCACCAUGAUCGAUAGACCGUGUGACGUUCCCACUGCAAGGAAUGAAACAAAUGCGACCAGCACCAGCCAAAUGCCACCAAAUUCGGCUGCACCGCCAACACACAACAAAAGCCGAAUCUACAUCAAGAACGUACAGUUGCUUAAAAAGCCGGACGUUAUCGCACAGGAAACUCGGCAAGAAAACGUCGUUUCGCAGCAGGCCCAACAAUUGCUUUCGACCGAGCAGGAACCGUCCGCUGUAGCGCACGGUACGCUGCAGGACACACAUCAGCUUUCCCUUGGGGAAGAUAUCUUACAGCACGAUCAGGUGCUUGAAUUGCCGCACAAUACCACCCAGCAGCAGCAGCCAUCGGCAAGCAAUGGGAAUAAAAUAUUUAUUCGUAAUGUAUCGCUGCUACAAAAUGUGAACUUUGUACCAUCGGCAGAAAACAUUCUUACGAACGGGAGCAAGUACAAUGCGGCAUCCUACAUGAACAUGGACUGUACGAACGAUCCGCUAAACAAUGGUUACAGUUUGGCACAGGCUGCACCCUCCAGCUCCGCCAGCCAGUCAAGGGGUAGUCGCAUAUACAUAAAAAAUGUUGACAUACUUCGCAAUCCACUGAUAUCGUCGCUUAACGAACCGGUUCCGAACUCGAGCGCUUCAACGCACGCGUCGACGUUUAACGAAUCGAUCACCAGUAGGGCCAGCAGCUGCGAAAGCAUUAUCUGUACGUCAACUCCACCGGCAUCAAUGGAACAGCAGCCGGUUGUAGCUGAACCAUCGCUUUCCACUUCGAGCGCCAGCUUGUCCCAGCAGUUGGUACCGACACCGUGCGAUCAAUCGCUGCUGAAUGGUACCGAGGUAAGCUACACCAUUGGGUCAGCGAUGGAAAAUGCACCCCGAACGCUACCGCUAACCGUCGAUCAGGGUUCGCAGAAUUUGCUAAUGUUGUUUUCCACCUCGCUGGACGGUGGUGGCGGUGGUGGUGGUGGUACUGGAACUGACGAGUCGAACGUUUCCUAUCUGACCGAUAGCACAGGUACCAAUGCUGUACCGAACGCCCUGAUGGGAACGACAGAGUAUGAUACACAUCUGGCUACACCGGCGGCCAAUACCUGCGAAGUGCCACAGCAACAGCAGAGAAAGAGUAAAAUAUUUAUCAAAAACAUAAGCGUACUAAAGCAACCGACGAUACAUUUAAAAUCGGUCGAUGAAGUUAAUCUAAUGACGUACGAUGAGUUGCAGCUGCAAAAUAUGCUACCCUCCGUUGGUGUGCCGCAAGGAUCGAUCGGUAACGGUAACGGUAACGUAACGACAGCCACAUUAGUUCAAAACCAAGAAGCACACGAUAGCCACGAACUGAUGGGCGCGACGGAACGGAUGGAUAAACCGUUCGGUGAAAUCAUUGAGCUGGACUGCCAAAGUCAUCCGGCACAGGACGAUGCAAUGGAUGGUUAUCAUGAGUCCGAUCUGGGCUAUGGAGAACUCGGCGAAGUGUGUGAUUUUACCGAAGGUUUCAACGAUCGUGAUGAUCCCGGUGGAGGUGGACCGGGGCUAGUGGUGGACACGGGAGUAUCUGCAGCAGGUAACGAAAGCAACACCAACGGUAUGAUUGGCGAUACGACACACUGUGAACCGAUUCCUACCGGUUAUACCAACGACAUUAUUCUGCUGCAGGAAGAAUCGGAUUCCAAUCGUAAGAUAACACCAAACCACGACUGGGGAUCGAUCGAAACCGGUGAUCCAUGUCUCGUGCAAGACAUUCUGCAAGAACCACUCGAUAGUACGGAAAUGCACAACGAUACGGAUGCUACCGUUUGUCCCCGAAGGGAGGAAGAGUUGCUAUUUGCAACAACCACCGAAGCACAAGUGAUCAAUCUUGAUCCUCCCGGUGAGUUCCAAUCGGCGGUGGAUGGUGAAGCAUUUACACCGUCCGCUGCGGAUCAACCGUUGUCCUCCGAUCAGCAGGUAACGAUCGUUUCGGACGGUUUAACACCUUCCGAAGAGGAACCAGCGGUAUUGAACACCGCCAAAGAGUCCGAUCGUCCACGAACACGCGGUCGUCCAAAGGGAGCCAAACAGACGGGUAUAACGAAGCUAAAGAAACUUUACUCCAAUCUUACCGCCGAAGAGGAAGGUUACAAAUGUGACCUACACGAAUGUGGCGUACGCUUUCGGCAAGCGGAUCGUCUCGAGUAUCAUCGCAAAUGUCACGUCGCGGGGGACGGUACAAAUGCUAUCCAUUGUCCGGAGUGUGGUUCACUGGAGUUUCGCAACUGGAACACACUGCAUACGCAUUUGUGGCGCGAGCAUGAGAUCGAUAUGGAGCUGUACGCGUGCCAUCUGUGUAGCUUCAAAACGCCCGUUCUCUGUCGGCUUAACAAUACACACAUGAAGAUACAUUCGGAGGAGCGUAAUUUUAAGUGUGCGAUUUGUGGCAAAGCGUUCAAAAACAAUAAGCAACUGCGCAACCAUCGACGGUGGCACCGGGAACCGCAACAGCAGCAAGCGGAUGUUCCGGUGCCGAUGGACGAGCGGCCAAAGCAACCGGAACAACCGGUCGAUACUCCUGUACCGGUUUGUCCACCUACGGACGAACCAUCCGAUAAGCAGAAAGUGUCCAAAUCCGCACAGCUAACGAUGAAAUGUGUCAAGUGUGGUUUACGGUUUGCCGGCAAACGGCAGCUACGUGCACAUAUGGACGCAAAGCAUCCGACCGAUGCGGGUGAACAGAUGGCCGAAAGCGGUACUAGCAAGCAUCGGUGUCUACUGUGCGGUAUGGUAUUCCGCACGCGCUACCUACUCCAGGCACACGCAGCCAAACAUUCGGACGAGAAGCGAUUCAAGUGCGAACACUGCGAGUACACGACGAACGAUCACAACGCUUUCCGGCGGCACAAGAUGCGCCACAGUACAAAAGGUGGCCAUAUGUACAAAUGUAGCUACUGUGAUUACAGCAGCAUCCAGAGCACGACCUACCGGAAGCACCUGGAGCGGAUGCAUGCGGAAGUUGCUUCGGCACUACUAUACAAGUGUGCCAAAUGUCCGUUCGUGUCGAUCAGCGAAACAAAGUACCAGCUGCACCGGACGAAACACGAUGCUUCGGACGGUACCGAUGAUCGGCUGCAGGAGCAAGCGAAGGUGACCGAACUGCCGGACCAUACGAUCGAGGAGUGUGACUCUGAUCAACAGCAACGGCAAUGCGAGAGCGUUAACUCGGACGUGGUAAUUGUGGAGCAGCGUGAGCCGAACGUCAUCGAUGCACCACUGAUGGAGUUGGAAACGACGGGCGGCAUACAGAUCAUACAGCAUCCGAUCAUCCGGCCGGCAAUGUUUGCGAACAAUUUCUCCAAGGUGGAUAACUUUUACGGCUAUCAGCCGCACGAUCAGUCGAUGAUCGUGACACCUCUCCGUGGUAUGUGUCCGCUGCAAGUGUCGGGCGGUGGUAAUUUAGUCGGUACAGUGCCAACAACGACCGUCGUUCCUGUUGCCUCAGUACAUCAGUUACCUGAGCAGCAGCAGCAGCAACAGCAUCAGUAUGUUCAUCUCGGUAGUGCUGCAGACGAUGUUAUUAUGAGGGAUCUGAACUGAACCGAUGUAGUACAUGCUAGUCUAAUAACAGGUAAGUUCCUCUGUUAGCUAAUGUGAUAUAUGGAAGGAUAGACCGCGGAAGAAAACAGUGCCAUCCGAACUAUUUGUUUGUUCUGUACUUUAGGGAUGAAGCAAACUAUCCUUCUUUGAAAGCAUAUUGUGAAUAUCCUCUUAAUGAAUAAAGCCGGUUUUUUUUUUAUAAAAGUACACUAUCGUUGUGACAUGAAAUUGAGUUACAGU